GGCCUGACCAUCCCCAUCCCUUUUCCCAUCAGCCUGACCAACCCCACCCCUUUCCCUGCCGGCCUGAAUUAAUCUCACCCCCUUUUUCAAUUGAAGCGUAUUCCGAAAGGCCUGAAUCAAGCUCACCUCCUUGCUUUUCCUUUUCCUUGUCCACUUAUUCUCCAUUAGUGACGUGUGACAAAGAGUAGCAAUUUUUUUUCCCCGCAAAGUUAAACUACAAAAUAUUCAAAAAUUUACAAUAUCUCAAACUACCAAAGCUUAAAUUACUAUAGCUAAUAUUUUUUUUAUUUUUUAUUUUUUAUUUUUUUUAUAUUAAAUCACAUCAUCUUCUUUAACAAAACCCAAAAACCUUAUAUCUUUUGAAAAAUCAAUUUGUUUUUAAAGAAAUUUACAACCACAGUAGGAGUAAUUUUUUGAGGAAACAACAAUACUAAAUUACUAAUAACAUUGAAAAAAUUUUCUAAAAAAAAAAAAAAAAAUUGAAAAUUUGAUAUUCAAAUAGUAAUAUAAUAAUAAUAAUAUAAUAAGGCGUCUCUUAAAAAAAAUUAAUCUCAUUUUCUCUCACUUCACUUCCCCAUACUUUCCGUUCUUCCACUCUUUCUCUCUCCUCUUUCCGGGUCAUCGCCGAUAACUCUCCGUCGAACUUUCUUCGCUUCAAUCGUCGGAAACUCGAAGGCGACGUUAGCUUCAGUUGAUUCUUUCUCUCUCCUCUUUCCGAUCGCGUUUCUCCGAUAAUUCUCCGGCGAACUCUCUUCGCUGCCGCAUUUCAUUUCGAUCUUCGGAAAACUCGAAUUUGACACGUGGCUGCGUGGCAUAGGGAGGUCGCUUUUUUUUUUUUUUUCCUGAUUGAACUUCCUCCCCUAUUCUUUUAUUAUCUCCAGUAAAAAAAUAUUGGCGCUCUUAAAACUUCUUCCCUAUUCUAGUCCUUCAAGAAGCGUUCUCCAGUUUGGUUAAGGAAGACGAAGGCGUUUCUUCAUAAUUGCAAGGAAUUUCGACCCGAUUCUGAGUAAAAUCGCAAGGGAAAACAUGGUUGAUCUUGAAGAGUUGCACCCUGUCCUUUCCAUGCCCGAAAUUCUUCAUGGUAAGUUAGUGGAAAUGGCUAGAAAACGGAGUUCAAGCUGUACAUGUGUUGCUAAGGAGUUGGCCGAAAGAAUCGAUGCUGUGAGGGAUCUUGAUUUUCCUCUUGAAUAUAGAUUACAAUUCAUCGGUGAUCUUUAUCAUUACCAUCACUUUUAUUUGUCAAUUAGAGAGCAGAAUGUAAGGAGGAACCUUACCAAUAUUGCUGCAAUGAAGAUCAAAUACAAGUACCUGAACAAGAAUGCUGAAAGUGUCAAGCGUUUACUUUUGAAACAAGCACGCGAUGUGGAAUCACUUAAAAUGUUUAAGGAAGUUGGUAGUGCUCUUCUAGAGUACUCUUUCCCUUACUUACUGCUUGCUGUACCAAGAGAGGGAAUAGAAGGAGUAGAAGAACUAGAAGUGAGGCAUUUUGGAGAUUACUUGGUUGGUAAGCUGCUGGUGGAAGGCAUGGAAUGGACUGGACGUAUGAUAUUGCUAGCAGGAAAAGAUGAAGGUGUGAGAAGAGAUAUAUUGGAUCAAGCAAGGGCUGAUGGUUUGUUUUACAAAUUUGUUAGUGAUACAGUGAAUGCUGCAGAGAGUGAAGAGAGUGAUACAGUGAAUGCUGCAGAGAGUGAAGAAGAGAGUGAAGAGAGUGAAGAGAGUGAUGCAGAGAAUGAAUCAAAAGGUGAGGGCAAACCUUUUGUGUGGGAAGCCCCUUCAGACGAAGAACCGUAAUGGUUAUGGAGAGCUCUAUACUCGAUAGGGGAACUGACUCAACUGGUUCUGCAAACAAAAAUUAGGAGAAGAGAUACCAGUGUUGAUGAGGUACGAGGCGAGCGUCUGGCGGGGUGGAAUUCCAAACUUUUCUAGUAUAUACUAGUAUUUCUUUGUUUUGCAGAAGAAAGCAUGUAUUGCUGUUUUGACCUUUUUUCUUUAGGUAUAACGAAGUAUAUGGUGAUGUAGUGCUAAACCAAUAUCUGUUUAACAAUAGAUUACUGGUGAUCUUGUAUAGUUGAUGCUAUUGUAUUGAUCUUCCUUGGAAGAUCAAGUUUAUAUUCAAUAGAUGUUUCAUUGUUUGCCUUGCUUA